AUGACAGACGCCGAAUCUGACGGCACUGUUGAGUACUACGUGGAAGAUGCCACAGCGAUUUCGGUUUUAUUCACGCGAUCAUUGAGCGGGAGCUCGAGUAGGUCAUCUACGGGUGGUGAAUCACCCGUACCAGCGGCGAAGACUAAACCUUUCGGUGAGAUUGCAGCUUUGGCUCGCUAUCCGUUAGGUUCGUGGGAACGCCACGUCGUCGAAGAGCGGCUUCGCGCUAUCAAGCGACAUGAACGGGAGCGUAUACUCCGCGCUGAAAUAGAAAAGGAAUGCACCUUUAAACCUCGUGUGAUUUCCUCGGAUGGGCACACCCGCAGUGCGUCAGCAGGGGCACCCCAACCUGAGUCAGAUCGACGGACACAGGUGUUCAUGCGACUUACCGAGAGGGCGAAGAAACGGGACGCUCGAAUUGCUCAACUAAAGGCAGAGAAGGAACUCAAGGAGGAAGAAGCGCUACGGGAUGCCUUUAAGCCUCGUGUCAACGCAGCGGGGGAGCCGAAGAGUGCGCUUAACGUGCGCUCGCUUAACGUUCCGGUGGAGGAAAGACUCCUUCACUACGGCAAGACCAUAGAGGAGAGCCGUCGUUUGCUUCAAGAGGAGCGUCGGCGAGAGGAACUGAAGGAAAUGCGCAACGGUUUGCUUCCUCGGAGGGAGCGAAACAACGCCCCAAAGAAGGAAGAGAGGGAUAUUGCCUACCGUUCGCAACAUUUAAUCAUAGAGCGCGAAAAGGAACGGGCGCUUGCCCAAAAGGCCCUUCUGGAGCAACAUCCAUUUCGCCCAAAGGUGUGCAGUACGUCAGACGCGAUCGACCGUGAGCGAAGGGCUCAGUACAACGCCAAGGAUCGUGGAGCACUGCUCUACGCCGAAGGGUUACAUAGACAGCGACGACGGCAAGAAGAGGUUGUGCGGCAACAAAAACGAGAGUUCAGUGGAUCCGGCAAACCGACCACGAGCCCGUUAACCAACGACUGGAUUUACCAUGGGCAACACAGGGCCCUCUUCGAGCAGAAUUUCGUUCGCCGACAGGAGUUGUACCAGCAAGUGCGGGAGGAGCACCAGCGACGACUUGCAUUGGCCCUCGAAGAGAAUGAUAGAAAGGCUGCCGAAAUUCCGCGCAUUGACCCAGCAAUGAUUGAGGAACAAGUAGAACGCCUUUACCUCGGCGGCUACGGAGUUGGUAAAGAAUCCAAGAAAUGCAAAGACCGUCUUGAUAAGGAUGAUGGUUGUUCCUUUCGUCCACAACUUGCACCUGGAACAGCAUAUGUUAUCGCACACUCCAGGCGUGAGCCGGAUGUCGUGAAGCGUUUGGCAGCAUCUACGCAGCGGAGGCGGUGUGCAUCAGAUGUCAAUAUAUUCGGAUCAUACGACGAGGGAAAUGAGGAAAGGGAAGAAAAGGCGAAGAAUAAAAACAGCAAUGCACGGACUGUAGGGCCCGAAGAGGCUGAGGAGUUUUAUCAGCGACAGAAGCGUGCUGUGGAAGAGCGGCAAGCACAGUUACGCGAACGCAAGCAACGACUGGCAAUGGAAGAACUCUUUGCUUGUACAUUCAGGCCGAAGACGUGUACAGACGGGUAUCAGCAACGGCGCCAAAGGGAAGUGUCGCCAGAGAGGCAAAAAGAAUAUAGAGUGGAGGCUCGCGUCUCCGGGGUAACCGCCUAUCUGCAGCGCCAAGCUGAGGCAAAACGGCAACGAGACGACUUGCGGGCGAGGUACGAAAACCUUGGUCGCUUGUCUUCUUCAAGUGCGCGGGGCCCAACUGUCAUUAAGCCGUUUAACCUGUCAAGCGGACGCGCAUCGCGCACGCGCUGCUUGAGUUCCGCCACAGCUUCACAGGGAUGUAACAGCGAGGUGGAAGAGCGAGAGGGUAAUCGUCACACAGAUUUAUUUACUCAGCAGGAGGUUAUCGAGGCGCUUGAUGGGAAGCGAGAACCGGCAUCUGCGAGGUGCCACCACCAACGAACGCGGGGCCCCUGGUGA